AGACAACAUAAUUUUUGCAUUGGAUGUUUGGUAGGAAAUCAUGUUGACUCACGCUCUGUCAGUUUCAAAGUUACAACAACUCUUCUGAGAAAAUCCACUCUUUCUCUCUCUCCAAAACCACUCACAAGUUGCCACCACAAAUCUUUCAGGUUUAUUCAUUAUUUCAGUGCCUGUGUCAGUUCUAUUUAAUUGUACUAAAUGGAAUCUUGGAGUUACAUCCCUGAAGAGAGAAGCUAUUUGUUUUCUGAUGAAAUGGACUUUUCACUUGAUGCUUUUAUGAUGAGAAGUAGAAAACCAUUUAUUGAAUUUGAGAACAAAUCGUCCUGUAACUUUGAGAGAGAUUCGACUUUUGGAGAAGAAGAUUCUGAUUCAAAGCAUUUAAGUUCUCUAGAUGAAUCGAAAACUCAUGAUUCUUCAUUGAUUGAUCUUAAGCUAGGUAGAUUAGACAGAGAUGUGAAAGCAUUCACUUCUACGCCGAUACAUCAAACCGCACUUUCCAAGAAAGCUCGCACUUCUAGAUUACCGGCUCAUGCUCCUAUAUGCCAAGUUUAUGGUUGUAACAUGGAUCUUAGCUCCUCAAAAGAUUACCACAAAAGACAUAAAGUUUGUGAUGUUCAUUCCAAGACGGCUAAAGUUAUUGUGAAUGGCGUUGAACAGAGGUUUUGUCAGCAGUGCAGCAGGUUCCAUUUGCUAGCUGAGUUCGAUGAUGGUAAGCGCAGUUGUCGCAGGCGUCUAGCUGGACACAAUGAACGCCGAAGGAAACCUCAGUUUGAUUACAUGACUAAUAAACAACACAAGAUUCUUCAGUCAUAUCAAGGUACUAAGUAUCUCGAAUCUUCAAUACAAAACAUACCUCACUUUGAUUUUCAAGAUAUAUUUCAAAGUGGACAUAUCAAACUGGAAGAGGAGCCAAAUUUCAGUCCUCAACUAGCAUCACCCGCCACACUCGGUCACGAGUUAUCUAGCCGUGCUCUCUCUCUUCUGUCAUCCCCGUCACAGAAUCCAUCGCGCCACGCAGCAGAAAAUCCAUUAACUAACUCCCUAAUUUAUCGGGGCAUCCGCACGCAAGAUAACAAUGACCAAGUUUCUGAAACACCAUUGAAUAUAAGCUCUGUGGAUAAACAUAAUCAAAAUGAGUCUUUUCCAUUUUCUGAUGAUAUUUGUGAAACAUCAGAAUCAAUGAAUAUCAAAUCUGAACAUGGAGUCACUGUUGAUCUGUUUCAAUUGUCUUCUCAUCUUCAAAGAGUGGAGCAGCAAAGAAAUUCUGUUUUGGUAAAAUGGAAUGAGGAUUACUGUUUCCCAACUGUGUGAAAGCUUUUUUUAGCCUAAUGUUACAAGGAACUGAUUCAAUUUUUUUUCUUGUAACCGCUAAUUUUAGUAAUCAGUAUUGUUAAUAUUAUUAGUAUUUUAGUUAAAGAUAGGGUUCAAAUAUGCAAGCUCUUUAUCACUUAUCUUCCUAACUCUCAUACUCCAGCCAUCAAAUCAACCUUAUAUAUUUUGAAACUGACUCAA